AGGGUCCACAGCGAGAAAAAUCACAUUUUGAUUUUGCUAGGAGUACUUCCCUCCUCACUGUACAUGCUAUGCACAGAGCUCAGGAGUGAAGAAACACAUACAAUUGUCAGCUGAUUGAUAAAAUGGUUCACAGUGUAAAUGAAACCACCAACCAGACCAUCUGUUUUAUACAACCUGAUGUUGCAAAUGGCAUCCUGAUCGCUCUUUACUUUACAGCCAUGAUUGGAGGGACAAUUGGAAUCAUUAUAAUGGUAUUUCUGUUAAGCAGAACUAAUACUCGUUCUAUGACCAUCACUGCAAUCAUCAACCUAUUAGUAAUCCAUGGCAUCUUUAUUCUCACGGUUCCCUUUCGGAUUGCCUAUUACAUUCAGAAAGAGUGGAUAUUUCAAUUUACAUUUUGCAAGAUCAUAAGCUCCAUGAUACAUAUUCACAUGUAUCUUUCUUUCAUAUUUUACGUUGCCUUGCUCAGCAUUAGAUACAUAAGUUACUUCAAACAAAAAGACAAGAUUGAGUUCUACAGGAAAAUGCAUUCGGUGGUAGCCAGUGCCGCACUAUGGAUUAUUAUAUCGCUUGUUGUUAUGCCGGUGUUCUUCUUCCAGUACGGUGCCGGUGAUGAAAAUUAUGAGUCGACCCAGUGUUUUUUUUUCCACAAGGAAAUUAAAAGACCUUCUGUGAUCAUCUUGAACUACAUUACAAUUGCAGUCAUUUUUCUUGUCGUAUGUAUUCUUCUGAUUGUACAAAUCUUCAUUAUUGUGAAAAUCGUGAAAAAACUGAAACGCACGGCUUUAGAUCACCAAGAAUUCUGGGUGCAGCUGAAGAGUUUAUUUUUCAUUUUGGUCAUGAUCAUUUGCUUAUUUCCUUAUCACAUGUUUCGGAUCUACUACAUAGAGCAUAUAAAUGAGUGCUUCUAUUACAAUGAGAUUUUUCUUGGUAUAACAGCCCUUAGCUGUUUGGAUCUUCUGUCAUUUGCAGUACAAACCUAUUUCCAGAAAGUGUUUCAACACAUGACAUGCUUAUCAAAAUGUCUGUGACAGUCUGUUUGC